AUGGCUGCAGCCUGGGAUAGUCGGGGAAGGUGCGUAAACUCUUCGGGCGAGGCGCAGAGGCUCGUCUCCGGGACGCGUAGAAACACGGAGGAGCACUUGACGAUUGAACGGGGUUUGGCGCAGAGAAAGAUUUGGAUUUGGCGGGCACACGUUAAGGUAGGCGAACAGGCGAAGACAGCCAGCACAUCUCCCAGGGAACGUCGAGCGCAUGAAUACAUCCCGGUCUUCGAAGCCGAACAGCAGAACCCAAUCUACUUCCGCGGCCUAGUACAGCAUCUGUCCUGCAUUCUUAGCACUCCCACUGAGAACACCCUGACGUAUCUGCGGCAGAUGCUGAGUCCGGAGGGCGGGGAAAGACGCGGACACGACACGACUAUCACACACUGCUCUCGUAUCAUUGACAGCGUGGAUUAG